CACAAGUUGGUAUUCGGAAAUCCGGAUAAUCGACUGGCAUGGGCAAACAAUCUCGCAACAAGAAAAAGCAGCGCGCCAUCGCCAUGCACCGACUGGUCUACUUGGGGAACUCCGCUCUGCGAAAGAUGUCGGUCCCUGUGAAGGAUGUCAAGGAGAUCGUGCCAAUUGUCAAGUCUAUGAAGAGCAUUGUGAGGGAGUACCAAGGGUUGGGCCUUGCUGCGCCUCAAAUCGGCGUGAAUCAACGUUUUUUCCUCAUGAUUGAACAAGUUCCCGGAGACGAGGACGCGGAGUUUACAUAUGAAGCCGUGAUCAAUCCUGUGAUCACGUCCGCGUCGUCCACCGUGACGAAGGAUUUUGAAGGGUGCUUGAGCUUCCCAGGAUACCAAGGGAUUGUGCCCCGCGCCAGCGAGAUUCAAGUCGCGUACACGACGUUGGACGGCCGAAAGGUGGAGAAUCGGACGCUGACCGACCUCCACGCUCGAGUGUUCCAGGUACUCACCGUUUUGAGUGCUUUCCAACUUCACAAUGCAUAGCACGAGCUCGAUCAUUUGGACGGAGUCAUGUUCCUCGACAAAUCGGACAUUUCGGCGCUCAUCCACGAAGACGAAUUCCGAAACAUGGAUACUUUGGACCUCCAUUUGCUCCUUAAAGAUGACUAAGUGGCAUCUUCCCGUGGAACAACAUGCUCGAGCAAGUGGAGGGGAGUCGGGUCCUAUAAAUUACACCAAC